AUGAGUGGCUUUCGCAAUGUUAUGAAGGAUGGCUGGCAUCCAAAAGGCAAGGAAGGAGGCAAAGAGAGCUGGCGCGGUGAUUUCAAGGGAAUUAACCAAGUGGCUGGAUGGAUGGGAAAGGGCAGAGACCCCGACUCGGAUACCUCUGAACAUGUCUCUCAACCUCUGUCCUCUCUGAAAGACCCCUCGUCAUUCGGACCACCCCCAAAGCAUAUCAAUUACCACGGCGCUGCUGCAGUGCCGAACCAGACUACACCCGAUCGUCGGGGAAUUGGAGUUCCGUUGUCCCAGGAUCAGAUUAACGCCCAGAAUGCCCACCAACAGCAGCUAGCCCAAGAAGAGGAGGAAGAGGCCCAGAAGCCCGCACCUCCUCCAGUUCCAUACCGCGUCAACACCACCGGCCUCUCUACGGACAAUCUCCCUCCACCGCCCGUGCGGCGAAUGGACUCACCCGCCGGCUCGACUACGAGUUCAGCCUCGAAGCCGAAGGCACCCCCAAAGCCACCACCCCGACUUCCCGCUCGCAACGGUUCCCCCGCGUCCCAGAGCUCCGACCCACCCCCAGCCUAUUCCCCCACACAGCAGCCGCUUUCACAUGAUUACAUCAACCAAGAUGCUACAUCCCGCCUCGCAAACGCUGGCGUUUCAGUUCCCGGGUUUGGAAUUGGAGGGCAGGGUGCUCAGCAAUCUCAAACGCCUGUCAAUGAGCUGCAAUCGAGGUUCUCCCAGAUGAGAACGAACUCGGGUUCUCCCGGGCCUGCCCCGCCGCCUCGGGCAUCGACGAAUCCAGAGUCACCUGCAAGUGGUAGCUCUUCGGUUCAGAAUUUCCGCGAUCGCCAUGCAGACAAGAUUGAUGCUGGCAAGCAGAAGUAUAGUAACUUCCGCGAGCAGCAUGCUGACAGUAUCGAUUCAGGGAAACAGAAAGUGGGCGAUUUCCGUGAGCGCCAUGCUGAUACCAUCGACUCGGGCAAGCAGAAGUACGGUGAUUUCCGGGAACGCCAUGCCGACAAGUUCGACGCUGGCAAGCAGAAGUACGGCGAUUUCCGUGAACGUCACGCCGACUCCAUCAACGCUGGCAAGCAGAAGAUGAGCGGUGCCGCGUCGAGUCUCAGUUCCCGUUUUGGUGGCUCUUCCGCACCUCCCCCGUCGGCCCGGGCCUCGACGGAUCAGAGCAUGAACCUGGAGCCGGCAGAGCCCGCGCGGGGUACCUCUUCUGUGCAGAGUUUCCGUGAACGCCACGCAGACAAGAUCGACAUGGGUAAAGAGAAGUGGGGGGGGGUCACUUCGCGGUUCAACACAUUUGUCGAGGAUCGCAAGUUCGAUGCCAAUGCUAAUAGGCGUGUCCCUCGACCGCCUUCCCACUCUAUGGCCCAGUCGCCUUCCCCUGCGCCAUCGCCUACAGAUCCGGAUAUUCAAAGUCAGGCCCAGCGCAAGAAGGCCCCUCCCCCGCCUCCACCGAAGCGGGCGGAAAUUCGUGCGCCAGCCGUGGACUCCCCGUCAUCUCCGGCGCCUCCUCCCAUUCCUCAUGGCACCAAGCCCCGCUGA